GUCUUUCUAAUAGACAAAUUUAAGGAGUGGGAGAAAAGUGAAGUGUUGAAAGAAGUUGUGAGGCUUUUCUUUUCACCAUUUAAAAAUUCUUAAUUACCAACUUUGCUUAAUUAAAUCAUAUUUAUUAUUAGUAUAUAAGUGAUUAGUGGUUGGUGGUGAAGUACAUUACGAUGGCAUCAGACGAAGAAGUCGAGGAAUCUUUCGCCGGAGGUGAAGAAGAUGCAGCUGAAGAAACUGCUGGGGAUGUCGGUGAAAACGAAGAGGGUUCUGAUGAAGGUGCUCUUAAAGGAGGGGACGAAGAUGACGAUUAUGAACCAGACGACCUCCGCAAAAAGAAAAAAGGAAAGAAGAGGAAGGGACGAGGAGAGGGCGAGGGUAGUAAAAGGGGUAGGAAGAAGAAAAAAAAGAAGAAGAACGAGAGUGGAGAGGAAAGCGAAUUUGGGGAAGAGGACAAUGGUGGCGAGUCCGAUUACGCGUCCAGCAAGAAAGCUGGAAGACGGUCAAAGGGCUCCAAGCACGUGUCUUCUACGUCUGCCACACCUUCAGCAGAGAGCUCAAACACUGGAGGUAUGCCUACUACUGAAGAAGUGUGUUCUUCAUUUGGUCUGACUGAUGUGGAUAUUGAAUACUCUGAGCAGGACAUGCAAAACUUAACUUCAUACAAAUUGUUCCAGCAGCAUGUUAGACCAUUGCUGAUGAAAGAAAAUCCGAAGGUACCGAUGUCCAAACUAAUGAUGCUGGUCGCCGCAAAGUGGCGCGAAUUCUCAUUGAUCAACCCGCAUCUUCAGUCCGAGAUUCAAGAAGCUGGACCUAGCGGCGCUACAGGUGGUGCAAGCAGUACCGCCUCUGAUGAUACUUAUGCUAAACCAGCCAGAACUUCGAGGGCUUCCAAAGAGGCGGCCGCUAAAAUCGUCGAGGCCGAAGCCGAGGACUUCGACGAUGACGACGACGAAGAGGAGGACGAGAGAAGCUUGUCGACUUUCAGGGAAAAGAAAAAGCGCGGCCGCAAACCCGGCCCCAAAACGAAGAAGGCCUCCAAGGUUCCGACCCUGAAAAUCAAGUUGGGUAAGAGGAAGAGAGGGAGUUCUGAAGAGGACGAGGGGAGUAAUGGGGGAUCCGAAAAGGAUUCGGACGCUGAAUUCGAACAGAUGCUGCAAGAUGCUGACGAACCCAAAUCAAAGUCCAGUGAUAACAACGAUGCGGGAUCGUCAAAAGCGCCCUCUGAAGUUGCCGAUGAAAAUCAACCAAAACGAAAAGCUAAAACAAAGAUUGGCGUUAAGACGAAGAGGAAAAAGAAAACAAAGCAGAAGGAUGAAGAGCCUUACGAGCAUCAAGAUUAUUGCGAAGUUUGUCAACAGGGUGGCGAAAUUAUUCUUUGCGAUACAUGCCCUCGCGCAUACCAUUUGGUGUGUCUCGAGCCCGAACUCGAUGAGGCUCCAGAAGGAAAAUGGAGCUGUCCUCACUGUGAAAGUGAGGGGCCUGCUGAUCAAGACGAUGACGAACAUCAGGAAUUUUGCCGUGUAUGCAAGGACGGAGGCGAACUACUUUGUUGCGACUCUUGUCCUUCUGCUUAUCACACUCAUUGUCUAAACCCGCCUUUGACCGAUGUACCGGAUGGUGAUUGGAAAUGUCCUAGAUGUAGCUGUCCGCCACUGAAAGGCAAAGUAGCUAAGAUAUUGACUUGGAGAUGGGUUGACGUCGAUGUUGUAACUAAGGAUAAAGACGGAAAAGACGAAAUAACCAAACACAAAAGACGCGAGUUCUUUGUAAAAUGGGCGGAACUAUCCUACUGGCAUUGUAGCUGGAUUACGGAACUGCAAUUAGAUGUGUACCAUCCACUAAUGUUCCGCAGUUACACUAGGAAGUAUGACAUGGAGGAACCACCAAAACUGGAAGAACCGAUGGACGAAGCCGACGCUCGUUGCAAUCGGUUGAUUAAAAUGGGCGGUAAAAAUAAAGAUGAAGAGCUGGAAGAGAAAUUUUAUAAAUAUGGCGUGAAACCAGAGUGGCUUGUAGUGCAUAGAGUAAUCAAUCAUCGUACAAUGAGGGAUGGUAGGACAUUGUACCUACUUAAAUGGAGAGAACUUUCUUAUGAUCAAGCCACAUGGGAAGAUGAAAACGAGGACAUAUCGGGACUAAAAGCUGCUAUUGAGUAUUACCAGGAUUUAAGAGCAGCUUGUUUAAGUGGAGUAGGGUCUAAAUCUGGUAGAAAGAGUAAAGGCAAGUCAAAAUCAAAGACGAGGGAUCUGAUGGACGACGACGACCGAAUCACACCAAGAAGGUACACUCCUCCUCCAGAAAAGCCCAUAUCUGAUCUUAAAAAGAAAUUGGACAAACAACCCAACUAUAUAGACGAAUGCGGUAUGCAACUUCACGAAUACCAGUUAGAAGGUUUGAACUGGCUGAGAUAUUCGUGGGCAAAUGGCAUCGACACAAUUCUUGCCGACGAGAUGGGACUGGGUAAAACAAUUCAGACCAUUACGUUUUUAUAUUCCCUGUAUAAAGAGGGGCAUUGCAAAGGGCCCUUCUUGGUUUCCGUACCCCUUUCGACCAUUAUCAAUUGGGAAAGAGAAUUUGAAACAUGGGCGCCAGAUUUUUAUUGUAUUACUUAUGUGGGUGAUAAGGAUUGUAGAGCGGUCAUUCGUGAAAACGAAAUUACUUUCGAAGAAGGCGCUAUAAGAAGCGGCAAAGCCUCCAAAAUAAGAGCCUCAUCGAUAAAAUUCAAUGUACUUCUAACCAGUUAUGAAUUAGUAUCAAUUGACUCUGCCUGUCUUGCCUCGAUUGACUGGGCGGUUCUGGUUGUUGACGAGGCCCAUAGACUUAAAAGUAACCAAUCAAAAUUCUUCAAGUUUUUAAGCAGUUACAGUAUUCAAUAUAAAUUAUUAUUGACUGGUACACCUUUGCAAAACAAUCUGGAAGAGUUGUUCCAUUUGUUGAAUUUCCUGAAUCCAAAUAAAUUUAACGAUCUGCAGGUUUUCCAAAAUGAGUUUGCUGAUAUAUCUAAGGAAGAUCAGGUGAAAAAACUUCACGAGAUGUUAGGUCCCCACAUGUUGCGUCGUUUAAAAGCGGACGUACUAAAGAACAUGCCUUCGAAAUCCGAGUUUAUCGUGAGGGUGGAAUUGAGUCCCAUGCAGAAAAAGUACUACAAAUACAUCCUGACAAGGAAUUUCGAAGCCCUGAACCCCAAAGGCGGUGGGCAAUCGGUCUCUCUGUUGAACAUAGUAAUGGACCUGAAGAAGUGUUGUAAUCAUCCGUAUCUCUUCCCCGCAGCUGCUGAAGAAGCUCCUAUUGGUUCACACGGUCAAUAUGACAUACAACAUUUAACAAAAUCAUCUGGAAAGUUGGUCCUUCUCGCCAAAAUGUUAAAGAUACUUAAGGAUCAAGGCCAUAGAGUGUUGAUUUUUUCUCAAAUGACCAAGAUGUUGGAUAUAUUAGAAGAUUUCUUAGAUGGAGAGGGUUACAAAUAUGAAAGAAUCGACGGAGCUAUUACAGGAAAUCAGCGUCAAGAAGCUAUUGAUAGGUUUAAUGCACCAGGCGCUCCCCAAUUCGUCUUUUUGCUUUCAACAAGAGCAGGUGGUUUGGGUAUCAAUUUAGCAACAGCCGACACUGUAAUUAUUUAUGACUCCGAUUGGAAUCCUCAUAACGACAUCCAAGCCUUUUCCAGAGCUCACAGAAUCGGUCAAGCAAAUAAGGUCAUGAUUUACCGAUUUGUCACGCGUAACAGCGUGGAAGAAAGAGUAACACAAGUGGCCAAGAGGAAAAUGAUGUUGACUCACUUGGUAGUGCGUCCAGGAAUGGGCGGAAAAGGUGCUAACUUCACCAAGCAAGAGUUGGAUGACAUUUUAAGGUUUGGUACGGAAGAACUAUUUAAAGAAGAGGAAGGCAAAGGGGAAGAGGCCAUUCAUUACGAUGACAAAGCUGUAUGCGAGCUGCUGGAUCGUACCAAAGAAGGUAUUGAACAAAAAGAAUCGUGGGCCAACGAAUACCUUAGUUCCUUCAAAGUGGCGAGUUACGCGACUAAAGAAGGAGAGAACGAAGAGGAAGUUGAUACAGAGAUUAUCAAACAAGAGGCUGAAAAUACUGAUCCCGCUUAUUGGAUCAAAUUGCUGAGACAUCAUUAUGAACAACAACAAGAAGACAUCGCACGCACUUUGGGUAAGGGCAAACGUGUACGAAAACAAGUCAAUUACAACGACGGUGGUAUGACUACUGAUACUCGGGAGGAUACCACUUGGCAGGAGAAUCUCUCUGAUUACCACAGCGAUUUCUCGGCUGGUUCAGAUGAAGAUAAAGAAGACGAUGACUUCGACGAAAAGAACGAUGGAGAUCUUAGUAGGCGGAGCAAAAGGCGCAUUGAACGAAAAGAUGAGAGAGAUAGACCUUUACCGCCACUUCUGGCUAGAGUUGGUGGAAAUAUUGAGGUUCUUGGUUUUAAUGCUCGUCAACGUAAAGCUUUCCUCAAUGCUAUUAUGAGGUAUGGAAUGCCACCACAAGACGCAUUUAAUUCACAAUGGCUAGUCAGAGACUUGAGAGGCAAAUCUGAGAAGAACUUCAAAGCUUACGUGUCUUUGUUUAUGAGACAUCUUUGCGAACCUGGAGCCGACAACGCGGAAACUUUUGCCGAUGGCGUUCCUAGGGAAGGUCUGAGCAGACAGCAUGUUUUAACUAGAAUUGGUGUCAUGUCACUAAUCAGGAAAAAGGUUCAAGAAUUUGAGCAUAUUAAUGGCGAAUAUAGCAUGCCAGAGCUGAUUAGAAAGGUGCUGAUCGAGCAAAAUAAAUCUAGUACAACCCCAGGUGAAUCGGAAACUCCAAAAAGCGCGACAACCAGUACCAGUGCGACCCCAGCAACUAGUGCUGCUCCAAGUCCAGCACCGAAUGCCCCCAGUGAAUCUUCAGAGAAGGAAAAGUCAGAGCCUGAAGAGAGCACUAAAGAACCCAAGACUGAACCCAAAGAAGAAGAGAACAAAGAAAAGGAAAAGGAAAAGAGCGUCGAAGAUACAGAAAAUAAAGUGAAAGAGGAAGCAACGGAAACAACAGAGAAAGAGACGGCGAAGGAAGACGGUGAAGUUAAAGAAGAGCCAAAAUCUGAAGAAGUUAAAAAGGAGGAUAAGGAAGAAACACCAAUGGAAGUUCCUGUAGAGGAACCAAAAGUUGAGAAGGUUGAAAAGGUUGAAGAACCAGCUGUUAAGGAUAAAGAGGACGUUAAGCAGGAGGAAGAACCAAAAGAGGUUAAGAAAGAGGAAGAUAAUGAAAAGAAGGAAGAAAAACCGAAGGUUGAGAAGAAAGAAGAGGAGGAAGUUGUUUUGUUAGAUGAAGAAAAGAAGGAAAAGAAGGAGGACGCGGCUCCAGAAGGAAAGAGAAGGUUCAUGUUCAAUAUCGCUGAUGGAGGUUUUACAGAAUUACACACUCUGUGGCUGAAUGAAGAGAAAGCAGCUACUCCAGGUAGAGAAUAUGAAAUAUGGCAUCGCCGUCACGACUACUGGCUUCUCGCCGGUAUCGUCACUCACGGAUAUGGAAGGUGGCAAGAUAUCCAAGCUGAUGCCCGAUUUGCCAUUAUUAACGAACCGUUUAAGAUGGACGUCGGUAAAGGGAAUUUCUUGGAAAUAAAGAACAAAUUUUUGGCCAGGAGAUUCAAGCUUUUGGAACAAGCUCUUGUCAUCGAAGAACAACUUCGUCGCGCGGCUUAUUUGAAUCUCACUCAAGAUCCAAACCAUCCAGCGAUGUCCUUAAACGCGCGUUUCGCCGAAGUCGAGUGCUUGGCCGAGUCGCAUCAGCAUCUCAGCAAAGAAUCCUUAGCCGGAAACAAACCGGCGAAUGCAGUACUGCACAAAGUAUUGAAUCAGUUGGAGGAGUUGUUAAGCGACAUGAAAUCCGACGUAUCCAGAUUGCCAGCCACUCUGGCAAGGAUUCCUCCCGUCGCGCAACGAUUGCAGAUGUCUGAAAGGAGCAUUUUGUCCAGAUUGGCAGCUACAUCUUCAUCCAGCAGUCAGUCGACAACUCAAGUAAUGAGUCAAUUCCCUCCCGGCUUUAACGCGGGCAGCCUUCCCGGUUUUUCAGCUGCAGCCGCAAACUUCUCCAACUUUAGACCUCAAUAUUCCGUACCGGGGCAGCCUCCUAGUGGAUUCCCAUCUUAAAAAACUCGUCAAUAAAUGUAUUCUGAACUUUGUGUACACUGUAUUUUUUGCUCAGAUAAGCCCCAAGAGUGAAGGCUUGUUUUAGUUAAUUAAAUUUUUAGCUUACAUUUUAAGUUCAAAUUUUAUAUGUUCUUGAUUCUAUUUAUUUUAACAAAUGAAAUAAAUCCCACAGUAAGUUCUUA